CGGAGCUGAGCUCUGAGAGAAACAUGCAAAGUGGGGACCUGGGAACGUGAAAGCAAACAGUGCAAGGGAGAACUUGAGCAAAACUGUCCUUCCCCUCCCAGCCUGCUAGUCAACACCCCCCAAAACCCUCUCCUCCUGCUGGGAUCAGAGGGCAAUAAGGGCAGGGGUUUUGGCUAUGGGGUGGGGUUUCGUCCGACAAGGUCCAGAGCUCAGACACAGCGAUUAAGACGCUGCCCGGGCUCUGCAAUGGAGUGUAGCUCUGGUGAGAGCCGGAGCUCAGAGGGGACACCGCUGCAGCCUCCGGGGGAUGGAGACCCUCUCCCCCCGGCGCUGGAAGCCAAGUGCCGGCUCAGGAGCUCCAGCUCGUCCGUCUCUUCCUUUAACUGCUCUUCUCCCGAAUCUGAGGACGAGGUGUUUAGCGAUGAAGCUCCGAGCGGCCGCGACAAGAGGGAGCGUCUGAGAAAGUCGAAAUCAUGGAAGACAUUUUUCACUGUGGUUCACUGGACCUUCCGAAGGUCAAACUCCUGGAUUCAGCUGGCAGGUCACGAAGGACAUUUCCGGCUGAGUGAGGCUGGUCACAUACUGAAGAAGUUUAGUGUGAAUGAGAGUCGGUGCCUGCAGAUGCUGAUGGGUGAUGUCCUCAAGCCCUACGUACCAGCCUAUUAUGGUGUGGUGGAGAAAGACAGCGAGAAGUUUAUCCAGAUGGAGGAUCUCCUGGCAGGUCUACACUCCCCGUGCAUCAUGGACUGCAAGAUGGGCACCCGGACCUACCUGGAAGAGGAAGUGAUCAAAGACCGACAGAAAGUUGUUCACCGCAAGGACCUGUACCAGAAGAUGAGUAAAGUAGACCCCAGGGCACCGACAGAGCAGGAACACAGGCAGGCCGGGGUGACCAAAGUGCGUUACAUGCAAUGGAGAGAGACCAUUAGCUCCACCGCCUCGCUUGGUUUUCGUAUUGAAGGAAUAACGAUGGACAAUGGGGUCAUUCUCAAGGACUUCAAGAAGACAAGAACCAAGGACCAGAUCAUUAAUGCUCUGACUCGCUUCACUGACGGUUGCCCACAUGUCCUGGAAGCCUAUUAUAAUCGAUUACAUGCCAUCAAGGAGGCAUUACUACAGUCUCAGUUUUUCAGAUGUCAUGAGUUCAUCGGGAGCUCCCUGCUGUUCAUCCACGAGAAGAAGGGGCGGGUCAACGUCUGGAUGAUCGACUUCGGCAAGACGGCAGGCCUGCCCGAGGGCCAGACCCUCCGGCACGACCUGGCCUGGCAGGAGGGUAACCGUGAGGAUGGUUACCUUCUGGGUCUCGACAACCUCCUGGGCAUCUUCUCUGCCACCAUGGCCAAGCACAAUGGCACAGCGCAAACAAGUGGCAGGGUCUAGGACAGGCUGCUCACUCACUGUUGGGUUGGAGGAGGGAGGGAGCAAAGACAUGCCGAGAGUAAAACUCCCCCUGCACUGUGGCCGUCGCCAACCCUCUGCACCAGGACAGGGACAGCACAGGGUUAGAUACAGAGUAAAGCUCCCUCUACACUGUCCCCUAUCAAACACUCCCCAGGUACAGGGACAGCACAGGGUUAGAUACAGAGUAAAGCUCCCUCUACACCGUGCCCCUCCCCUCCCCCACCCCGAACACUCCCAGGGACAGGGAGAGCACGGGGUUAGAUACAGAGUAAAGCUCCCUCUACACCGUGCCCCUCCCCUCCCCCACCCCGAACACUCCCAGGGACAGGGAGAGCACGGGGUUAGAUACAGAGUAAACCUCUCUCUUCGUGUCCCCAUCAAACACUCCCAGGACAGGGACAAAAAACAGAAGUUGCUGCAAAAGCUCAGCCGGUCUGGCAGGAUCUGUGAAGGGAAAAUCAGUGUUAACGUUUCGGGUCCGGUGACCCUUCCUCAGAACUCCAACAACAGGGGCAGCACGGCGUUAGAUACAGAGUAGAGCUCCCUCUAUACUGUCGCCCCAUCAAACACUCCCAGGGACAGCACGGGGUUAGAUACAGAGUAGAGCUUCCCCUACACUGUGCCACCAUGCCCCCGCCCCUCCCCCGGACCAGCCCCGAACACUCCCAGGGACAGCUUAGGGUUAGAUACAGAGUAGAGCCUCCUUCCUAACUGAAUGUACGUGAUCACAGAGCAGAGAGUCUCAGCCGCAGAGAUGCUUUGUGAAGGAACACAACAGAGACUUUGCCCCGGUGUUCAGUUGCAGUCUCCUCGUUACACACUACAGCUACACACUGAAGUACUUGACACCACUGCAGCGCACAAAGAUUCAUAGUGUUUUCUGUGGCAACGCAUUGCAAACUUGCUUCGCAAUUAUUGAGAGCAUCUGAUCAUUAUCCAAUUGCAGCAAAAGUUUGUGUAAAAGCUACUUCGUUUUGCAUACAUUUGGCAGAGCGGUCACCCAGUCUGGAAUGAAUCCAGCAAUGGAUCCCCAUUUGUUGGAAGCCAGUGUGAAGUGGGGAAGGAAUAUAGAGAGACCUUGGAUAGGGAGGGGAAGAGCUGGUUCGCAGCGAGCUAUCUACUCGUGAAUGCUGCCAAUUAGACGGCAGCAGAAUACUUCCUCAGCUUCAGAUUGUCACUUUGCAUUCAGCACUUUCAAAUUGUCAACACUUACGUAGAUUUGUGGGGGUGAGGACGGGGAAGUGAAUAUUAACCUACUUGAAAAAGGGACUUGCGAAACCAGAACAAGCUUAAGGAACAUUACACGUGGGGAAGGGCCAGCACCAGACCUGAUAGGCUGAGUGGCCACUGCCACUAUUCUGAUGAUUUAAUGGCUGCAGGUUAAUAUACAAAGAAAGACUUGAACUUGCAUUUGUAGAAGCGACUAAACAUGUUUCUGUUGACAUUUCUGAAUGCGAUGUCUCCAUGUAUUCUGGGAAUUAAUCAACGGGUUUAAAUUUGACAGUUGGCGAAUGUACUGUAUUGUCUGCGGCUUCCAAUACUGUGUAGAUAUAUUCACCUUCUCUGAAGAAUUAAACAAA